AGCUCAAGAAUACCUCGUCGUCGUCGUCUAUAUCAGCGGAGAGUGGAGAAGCCUGCCCUUCAGGAAAUUAAUUAGGCAUAUUUUAACAAUUGAUUAAAGGCGCAGAGAAGCGAGUGGCACAGAGAUCAGGAGCAAACAUCAGCAUGACUGCAUGAGCUAAGUACCAGUGCCAAUGACCAUCUCCCCUGUUUUUACCCCUGUUUUUUUUUUUUCUCAGGGCUUUUCUCGCACAUCAUCCCUUUUGUCUCUCUUUGUCUCCACUCGCAUCCACUGCCCUCUAUAUACACCGGAACUAGAAGAGACAAAAUUACACACUAAGCCACAGGAAUAGAGAGAGAGGAGCGAAGAUGAUGCCGCAAGUGCCGUCAACGAGAUGGUGCCCCACGCCGGAGCAACUGAUGAUACUGGAGGAGAUGUACCGAAGCGGAGUCCGCACGCCCGACGCGCCGCAGAUACAGCAGAUCACCGCACACCUCUCCUGCUACGGCAACAUCGAAGGAAAGAACGUGUUCUACUGGUUCCAAAACCACAAGGCCAGAGAGAGGCAGAAGCUCCGCAGGAGGCUCAGCAUGCACCAUCUCCUCCUCCGCUCCGCCGCCGGAUUUAGUACUCCUAACUGUCACGUCUUCUUCCACGGCCACCACCACCACCACCAUCAUCAUCUCAGCACUGCUUCUACUUCUCCCCUCCCCCAUCACUUCUUUAAUCAGGUCCAGUCCAGUUCUUUCCGAUCAUCGACCAUUUAUUUCAAUGCGCAUGUCCACUAAAUCUGCGCGUUUGAUUUGCAGGAUGCGGCGCAGGGAUUGAAUUUGCUGUGCAAGUUGGAAACUAAAGGGGAAGAACUAACAAACAGCAGUGCUGAAGCUUACGGGUGUCUCCACCAGUACACCACCAAUCCCAGCUUCAAUCCUCCAAAGACACUCGAUCUGUUCCCCACGAAAAGCUCCGGCGGCUUCAAAGAUAAAUCUACCGAUCACUAAAUUAUUAAUUUACAUACGGCAGCUAUGCUUUAGCCUUUAUGAUAUAUAUAUCAUACAUAUCGAUCUUAAUUCCUCUUCGAGUAGAAGAGAUAUCUCAUGCAUGACUAGGGUAUAAUGUAAUUGUGUGACGUUGAUGAGUA